AUGACUUUCAAGGAAAGAAGACAGUUUCUGCUGUUGGCUCGUGUUUUUGUAGCUGGGUUUAUCCUAUUCUACGUUCUGUUUGAAUUGAUUAUGGCCUACUUAAUUUCUUCUUUGUCAUCAGAGGCCUUCGAUCAAGUGAAAACGAAAAACGUCGCUUUACGCUUGCAUCUUAACACUACAGCAAGAAAGAACUUGAUCAUUUUUUCUCAUGGUCGCUCCGGAUCAUCCAUAACAGGGGAUAUUUUCAACCAGCAUCCUGAUGUGUUUUACUUGUAUGAACCUCUUCAAACAGUGGAGAGAACUCGGGAACAGUUCAAGUCGGAUUACGACAUUCUGGCGCAAAAAUUCUUGAAAAGUGUUUUCCAAUGUAGAUUUGAUGAGGCAAAUUUUGUUAAAGACAUGGAAUUGUAUUACCGCAGGCCACUGCACCCUCUGAUCAGUCGCGCCAUUGCUUCGCCUCCAUUGUGCCCUUACAACGUGUCAGACAAACGAUGGGAUUUUAAACUGUGCGCAAAAAUGACAACUAAAUCACUGGAAAAUGCUUGCAGACAACAUAAACUUACUGUUAUCAAAGUGUUAAUUCACCGUGUUCCAUACAAAAGUCUUCAAAGUAUAAUCUCUGCUUGUGCCCCUAAGCAAGUGGACUGUAAAAUCGUGUUCCUAGUAAGGGAUCCACGAGCGGUUGUCCCUUCUUCAUUGUCUGUGGAUUUCUAUCGUGAGCAGGGCGGGGCCGCCAAGUUAGGUACAAGGAUGUUUAGUUACAACUUAUGCGAACAAACGGAAGCGAACCUUGAAGUUUUAAAAAAUCUCCCUGCUAGGCUGCGUAACCAACUAAAAUUACUUCGAUAUGAAGAUUUGGCUGGCCACCCAAUAGCAGAAAUGAAGCGCUUGUACAAGUUUGCCGGUCUUUCAGUCUUGGACAGUGUUACGAAUUGGCUGAAUAGGAGUACCCACCCGUCUAAGCAAAGAGAAGACGUGAAUAUACAGCGGGGUUAUGACGCCGCAUAUACUGUUGAUGAUGCAGAAGCCGCUAUCAAUCGCUGGAGAUGGAAAGUGACUGAUCCUAAUGAUAUAACUACCAUUGAAAUGUACUGUAAACAUGUGAUGCAGUUAAUGGGUUAUAGGCCUGUACACAAUUCGUACGAGCUUCAGAGGAAUAUAUCAGUUCCUCUGCACAGUCGAGAUUUCGAGGCAGAAGACUGGUUACAAAAGUGA